AAAAAAAAAAAAAAAAGAAGAUAUAAGCGAAGUGAAACUUUCACGCACCCGACUCCUCCUUGACGCCAAAUCAUAUAUGCCAACCCUUAUAGAUAUGUCCCAGGCGCAAGUCCCCAACAUGAGUAUGCUGGUUGAUAUGGGCCUUUCUAGACCCAUUCCCGUCAAGGCUGCUUUGCGAAUGAUUCGUGCAGCCAUCAAGACAUUGCUGUACAUGCGUGGACAAAUGAGCAGCCCUUGGGAGCAGCUCGAGCAAUUGCUAAAGCUUGAAAUAGCCCGUCAAGCGCAGGAGCAGGGGCAGGAGCAAAAACAAGGACUGGUGCAUGGACAAGAGCAAGGGCAAGGGCAAAGGCAGGAACAUUAUCGCCACCAGCCUCCGAUACAAUCCCUUCAAGAGUUUCUUGAAACAGCUGAAUCCAUGUUUGUUGAUCUGGAAGGAUCUAUUUAUGCCCAGCUCUUUUCCCGCCUUCAACAGCAGCAAAAACAAUCAUCAUUACACUAUAUACAGCCUCAAACUUCCUUCCCUAAUGCGAAUUCAGGUUCUAUCAACGCUCAACAAACAACAACGUCUGUACCUUUGACUAUGGCGCAGGCAAGGUCACCACCCGGCAACAGUAAUGACCUUUAUAUAUCAUUGGCUGUUGUCUUCGGAAACACGUUAACUGUCCCAAAAGAGCAAUACAUGAUCCGUAUUGGGCCAUUGGAACCACAACAGGCUUUGUUACUAUCUACUCCUCCAAUUACUGUUUAUGAUCCUAUUGCUACCACCACCACCACCACAAAUAAUUUUGUCCACAACUUGCAUAACAAUGAUCGGAUACCUCUUUCGAACCUCAGUGACUAUCAUCGGAUUUAUCACGGCUACUCUAACAUGCACUUAGAUGAUAAAGGUCAUGAGUAUCAUCCUCGCUAUCACCAGCAUCGCCACCGCCAGCAGCAGCAGGAGCAAGAGCAGAAGCAGAAGCAAAAGCAAACACGCGAAGAAAAAGCAUGGGAAAGAAAGCUGCUUCAUCAAAUCAUUGGUAUGACCUCAGUAGUCGCAGAUACAGAUUCAAAAACAGGAAAUGAACUUUCUAACGGCGGCAGUCGAGGAUAUCAAGAACAACCAAAUCAGUUAUCCCCAUCGCUCCCAUCUCGAGCAAAAGUUCAUCUACUCUUGAAGGCUCCCUCUGCAUUAACAUUCCAGGGAUUAUUUCCGAAGCAGAUGAUUGUUCUCCCAGAGGAUUUUUCAGUCAGUGAAGCCCAACGGGCAUCAAAGUCGACAUCGUCGUUAGUAGCAGAUAAUAGAAGCAGAAAUAGCAACAGAAAAAAGCGCUGGCCAGUUCAUCAUCUUCAUAUUUUUGGGCCAUCCACAUCAGCAUCAGAAUCAGGGGGGUCAGCAUCCGCCGAACUGCCCGAAAUUUGGUAUGAAGUUGGCUCUGGCAUCCCGCCACUAUCGCCCCUUCUCUGAAAUGAAAUACCCG